AGCAGUUUUCCCUGCUGGUUUUCAGUCAGCUCCAUCCAAAGCAGCACCUGGAUGAACCUUGGCUGGACAUUCCCAUCGGGAUUUGCCACAGCAUUACCUGACCUGGGCUGUCUUUAACUCAGGAACCAUAAAAUCCCUGCAGCAGCCUCGCUGACCAGUUCAGUGUGAAAUAACAAGCUGAAAAGCCACAAGGCUCCGUUUUUGAACCUGCCAAGGGAUGGCCGACUUCAGAAGGAGCAGAAACGUCGGGAAAGCUCGGCGCUAACCAUUUCAUCGUUUCCAAGAGGAAAAAACCUCCGUGUGACUCCCUCUGCGGCGGACUUCAGCACAAAUCCUGCUGUGCCCACAGAUCCCCCGUUCCGUGCGCCUGUGUUUGCGUUUUGCCAGGGAGGAAGGGGGGUCGGAGCUGGGAUUCCCCAGGGAAUGCCUCUCCCGGGAUUCUGCUGCCGGGAUUCUGCCAGCAGGACACAGGGGCUGUGCUGCUGUUGCCCAGAGAUGCUCUGCAGACCCCCCACAGCACAGUGAGCCCUCCCAGCCACCCCAAACCCCAACCCUGAGGGUGGGGAAGCUCUGAGGACCUGAGUGAGGAGGGAAUGAGGCUCACCCUCAUCCUGGGAUGCCCGCGGAGCAGAGCUGCAGAGCUCACCUGGCUGUAGCUGGCAGAGAUGCCCGUGGUGCUGCCAGCUGCCCCCACGGUGAUGCGGGAGCAGCAGCGGGCAGGAAGGAGGUGCAGGAUCCCGGCCAGCCCCGCAUGGAGGACGCUGGGUGGGCCCCAGCUGGACAUCCCCGAAGGUGAGGAGUGUGAGUCCUGCUGGCCCCCCUGCCCCGAGCUCCUGCCCCCCGGGGACCGCCUGCAUCGCCGGGGACAAUGGUGGAGGGACACGAGCACGGCACCGGGGACACGGCCCCAGGACAUGGCACCAGGUAAGGCUGGGCUGGCAGAGCAGAGCAGCCCCGCUCCCGAGGCAGGACAGGGCCCCCCGGAGCCCUCGGUGGUGCUGCUGGCUCCCAGGGACAGCUUUCCCCCAGAGCUCUCCCUCUCCUUCUCCGUGGAGAGCCGCUCCUGCCGCUGCCGCAACGCCCGGCUCCAGGAGGCUGCCAGGAAGAAGCUGUGGGCUCUGGAGAGCGAUGACAGAGGUGUCUGUGCCCUGUUCAAGGAGCUGUCAGCCAGGCUGGUCUGCACGCAGGCACACGAGGAUCGUUUCCUCCUCACCUUCAAAACCCUGGAGGAAGUCUGGAAGUUCUCCACCUAUCUGACCUUAGGGUACGUGGGGACCUGCCUGGAGCAGCUGCUCUUUGCCCAGGAGUUCUGGCUGGACUGUGCCCUGGUGGAGGACACAGAGAUCAGGGUCACCGUGGAUGAGGAGCACCUGGCCACCAUCUACAUGGAUCUGCUCCUCCAGGAAGGGAACUUUUUCUGCAGGGCAGUGCCUGGCGUCUGCAAGUUGGAGCAGGAGGGAGAGGAGGGUCUGCAGCUCUGCAGGAACGAGCUGAUCCACGUGAAGAGUGUUGGACAGGAUUCCAAAUGGGAAGGGAUGUCCCUGCUGACAGGGCAGCGAGGCGUGGUGCCCGGGACUGCUCUGGAGCCCAUACCUCACCCCUUUUACCAGUGGUUCCUGAGGAAUUAUUCUGUGAGCUUUGGCCUCUCCCAGGAGAUCAGUGGGACGAGCUCUCGGGCCAUUGUCAGAGGCAGGUGCAUCGCCACCAAGGACCACAGAGGAGCAGCGUGGGAUGAGCUGAGCUUCUCCAAAGGAGAUCCCAUAGAAAUCAUUGGAUUCUUCAUCCCUGGGCUGCCCUGGUUUGUGGGCAAAUCCCUCAGCACCAGGAGCAUUGGCUUCGUUCCCACCCAACACGUAAAUCCCGAGGCUUGCGAACCUCUGGGAAAGGGCUUUGUGUUUCUGAGCGAAGAGGAGAAGUCCCCAGUGCUGCACAUCCCCUGCAAUGGUGACGAGCAGCACUUUGCCACCCUCCUGGGGGAGCUGGCACACACUGACAUCACCUCUGUGUACAGGCUGGCUGGGUUUGAGCCCACAGCCAUGUUCCCACAAGUGCCACCAGAGGCUGCUCUCCAUGGCAGUACAGAAAUCCAGGUGCUCCAGUCUUGGGAGGAGAUCAAUGACUGGGCUACCAGCAGCACCUCGGAGCUGUCCAGCCCAGGCAGUGAAACAGCCCCUGCCACACUGGAAGAUGUUCUCCUGGAGAAGCUGGACGACUUGGAUUAUCCCAAAUUCUUCAUCGACCUCAAUGCUGGCCACAUGGAGGAUGCUGAUGUCUUUGACCCCAUAUUGACCUUCCUCAACCAAGACAGUUUCGUGCCCAGCUUUCAAAGCUUUUAUGAUCUCAGCUUUUCCUUUCUCCACUCCACUUUUUAUGGUUUCUCUGAUGAGGAUGAACUGGUCCUGUACCUCGAGACUUCCCGGAACUGGGCCAAGAGGACUCGUUCAGUUUGGGCUCACGUCAGGCUCUGUUUCCUCUUGGGGAAGCUCUGCAUCAAAAAGGUCAAGUUCUCCCAGGCCCGGGUGUACUUUGAGGAGGCCAUGAGUGUCCUGGACAGGGGCUUUGGGGACCUGCCCCUGCUGGCAGCGCUGCACGGGAGCCUCGCCUCCAUCUACCUGAAGCAGAACAUGAAGCACAAGUUCUCCUCCCUGCUGGGGAAGACGGUGACCCUGCUGGUGUGCCUGCCUGGCCGCUCCUUCAGCUCGGAGAACGAGCUGGAGCUCCUCACCUACAUCCUGAGGGAAUCCAUCGCCGUGGGCAACGCUCCGCUGGAGGCCCGCAUCUGCUUCCUCAUCGUCAAGCUCUUCCUGCAGCUGGGCAGGACCGAGGAGGUGCUGCCCUUUCUGGAGCACCUCCAGUGUCUCAGCACCACCUGGCUCAGCCCGGGCACCCGUGCUGGGCCCCUGGAUGCCGCUGCCACCUUGGGCUACCUCUAUGACAAGAAGUGCCUGCCGAACAUCGCGCUGGCCUCCGUCAGGUCCUUCGUUCCCAGCAGCGCCAAGGGGACGCCGACCCCCAUCUGGCGAGCUGGCUUCAUCCUCCAAAAUGCUUCCAAACUCCUGGGGGGGAAGCAGCAGCUGGGCAGGAGCAGCAUCCCAGCCCUGGCUUGCCUGUACCUCAGGCAAGCGCUGCAGUUCUGCUGCGAGAGCAGGGCCGUGCCCAUGCAGCGGACGCUCUGCGCCAUCCUGUCCAGCACGUACCUCCAGCACGGGCUGCUGGACGGGGCUGUCCCUUACGCAGCCAGGGCUGCAGCCCUGGGCAGGCUGCUGGGUGAGGAGGAGGCUUUUGAGUCCUCGCUGUCCCUGGCGUGGCUGUACCUCCUGCAGCGGCGGCCGGGCCCGGCCGGGCCCGUCCUGCGGCAGCUGCGGCGCUGGCUGCGCGGCGCGGCCUGCGAGACGCCGCGCGGGGCCCUGCACAACCUGCUGGCCGUGGCCCUCGGCGCCCAGGGCCGCGUCCAGGAGGCCGCCGAGAACUUCCUGAGGGCCCUGCACAAGGCCAAGGAGGCGGGGAGCAGGAGGAACCAGGCCGUGUCCCUGGCCAACCUGGGCCAGCUGAGCCUGUCGUGCGGGGCCGCCCAGCUGGCCGAGCUGUACCUGCUGUGGUCGGUGCGGCUCUACGCCGAGCUCCAGGGCCACCAGGAGCUGGACACGGAGCUGGCACAGGUGCUGCUGUGGCUGGCACAGGCCAUGGUGGACAGGCAGAGGAUGGGAGAUGCCAAGCUGUGCUAUGAACUGGCGCUGGGGUUUGCCCUGAGGUGGCAGAACCUGAGGAGUCAGCUGCACGCCACGGAGCGUCUGUGCCAUUUCUACAGCAGCGUGUGCCCCGACCUGCGGGCCUGCAUCACCUACCACGAGCACUGGGCGUCCCUGGCACGGCAGCUGCAGGACAGGGAGCUGGAGGCCAGUGCCAGGCAGGCCCUCAGCCGGCUCUACCAGGCUUUGGGCACCCCUGAGGCUUUGAGACAAUCCCUGGACUGCACCAAGCAGAGCCUGAGGAUCUUCAUCGACCUCGAGGAGGUUGUGAAGGCAGCAGAGGCCUGGCUGCAGGCAGGAAAACUCUAUUAUCUUCUGCAGGAGGAUGAGCUGGUGGAAAUGUACUUCCAGGCAGCCAUCCAGACUGCUCUGAAAGGGGACAACUUCUCCUUGGCCAUGGAUCUCUAUGAGAAAGCAGGUGACACCUUCUUCAACGGCAGCCGGAGCAGGGCCCGGGCAGUGGAGUUUUACAGGGGAGGAGCUGUGCCCUUGGCCAGGAAACUCAAGGCCACCCAGACAGAGCUGCGGCUGUUCAACAAGCUGGCAGAGCUGCAGAUCAGCCUGCAGGGCUACGAGAAGGCUCUGGAGUUUGCCACGCUGGCAGCCAGGCUCAGCCUCAGGGUCGGGGAUCAGCUGCAGGAGCUGGUUGCCUUCCACCGCCUGGCCACAGCCUAUGACCUGCUGCACAUGCACGAGAUGGCCGAGGAUUGCUACCUGAAGACGCUGGCCAUGCGUCCCCCUGUGCUGCAGAGCUCAGCAGAGGCCCUGUACUACUGCAAGGUCUACUGGCACCUGGGCAACCUGGCCCUGCACAAGCUGAAGGAUGAACAGGAUGCAGCCUCCUACUUCCUGCUGGCCCUCGCCGCAGCCACCGAGCUGGGAGACCAGGAGCUGCAAGCCCUGCUCUGUGCCAAGCUGGGUGCCAUCCCCAGAGCCCCAGGGGCACCUGAGGGCACUCCAGGCUGUGCCACCGCCCGGCCCCGGUGGCUGAGCGAAGGUGGCCACGUGGUGUGA